UGGCGCCAAAUUCUGAAAAAAUAACGUAGAGUUGCGUACCUUUUUUGUGAAUGCGGCAAUACUCUCUCAUUGCGCAAUUUCCGCUGGUGGUGCAGUCUGCUGCUACACAACACAAGGCUGGCCUAACCGGGUAGCUAGCUGAUCUCUUGAAAUGGAUGUUUUUUUAAUGAUCCGACAUCACAAGACUACAAUCUUCACAGACGCUAAGGAGUCUACAACAGUAUAUGAGCUUAAGCGUAUCGUAGAAGGAAUUCUCAAAAGAUCUCCUGAAGACCAGCAGCUCUACAAAGAUGACCAAUUGCUAGAAGACAGUAAAACCUUGGGCGACUCUGGUUUCACUAACCAGACUGCUAGACCCCAGGCUCCAGCAACUGUUGGUUUGGCCUUCCGAGUAAAUAUCAUUUCCUUCCCAGAUGAGAUGUUUGAGCCGCUGCACAUCGAGGCCUUCUCAAGUCCCCCUGAACUCCCUGAUGUGAUGAAGCCUCAGGACUCUGGUAGCACUGCCAAUGAGCAGGCAGUGCAGUGACAGCACCAACAGGGAACGUAAUAGGGGCUGUGUUUGUGGAUUUACUUCAAUGGAGAAGUGACAACAAAGAGAUUGAAAUUGAAUUGAUACAUGCUAACUAAAGGUAACUAUGUCUAUCAAGGUUACCUUUGAAUUUUGGCCCCAGAGUCCUUUUCUCCCAGAAACCUCGAAAAUAUGCCUCCCAGAUUUGCUUUAAUAAAAACCCAUUUUGGUUUUCACAUCAUAUUAAGUUCUGACCUUAGACUUGGAGCUAAACCUGUUCCAAAGUCAGAGUCAUAACUUUUUGAGAGAUUGCAGAAUGAAUGUGUGUGCACCGUAUUAAUUGUCAAUAUUUUUGGAAUGGUGAAGGCGUAGUUGUGUGUCACAAUGCUCUGAACUAACGUGCAUGGAUAAGAUUCCAGUGUCAGCAAACCGCAUGAGCAGAUCGUACCUGAUCAUACUUUUUUCCCAGACACAGGUUUUGCUGUUUACUUUCUCUAUCUUACUACUAUUGUGUUUUUCGUUGCAAUUUGGUCUAAUGGCUUGUUUGCAUCACCCUCAAGCUUUUAUUGUCUUUCUGGUUCAUUUCAAUGUUCUUUGUUGUAUUUUUAUGCACUGAGACCAAAGGCAGGUACCUCUUGGACAACAGAGGCUGUGAUAUCUGUUGCAUAAAGCACAUACAAGAGCUUUCAAAUGUUAGGUUUGCAUUAAGAAAAUCAUUAUUUCACCAUUUGUUUUGUGUCAGCAUCUCCAUUGCACACCAUUUGUUGCCUAGUAUGUUUAUUUAGGGUUGAUUAGUUUUAAUAUUUGGCUUAGCCUCUUUUAAUUUUACUUUUUGUAAAUAAAAUUCAUCUACAUUUA